UCAGGUCACUCCUUCCAAAAACUUUCUUUAUCACUCUCCCCUUUUCUAUACUUUUCCUUAGCGCUAAGAAUUCUCUCAUCCAUCUUCUCAUUUUCUUUUCACAUUUUGCAACAUAAAACAACACCCAAAAAAACCAAAGCUUCCUCUCUGUUCUUCAAUGGGAGAUAACAAAGCUCUUAACACCUCCAAACAAAAGAAAACAGACUCUGAAAUUCCACCAAACCAUGCAAAACAUAGUAAGUUUUAUAAUCAUUUUCUUUUCAAAGCUUCACUUCUUAUGAUUUUUAUAGUUGUACUUCCACUUUUCACCUCAGAAGCUCCUGAUUUCAUUAACCAAACUCUUCAAACAAGAAGUUGGGAAGUUCUUCAGCUAAUAUUUGUUGGCAUAGCUGUUUCAUAUGGACUUUUUAGCAAAAAAAGUGAUGAAACAGACAAGGAACAUAGCUCAAAGUUUGAUAAUGCUCAAUCAUAUGUAUCUGGAUUACUUCAGGUUUCAUCUGUUUUUGAUGAUGAGGCUGAAAGUCAUGAUGAAAACAAAGUUCGGACUUGGAAUAAUCAGUACCAUAGAGGUGACAAUCCUGUUGUAGUAGUUGCUAAAGAACCCCAUGGUCUUAAUGAACAGAGAGCUAUUAAUUCGAGAAUUGGCGAAAAGCCUUUGCUUUUGCCAAUUCGAAGCUUGAAAUCUCGUGUUCUUGAUGAUAAAGUGGAAGAAUCUAAUGAAAUUAGUUCAAAUUCUGGUUCUUUAAACAAAUCAAGAAAUGGGGAUUUUGUAGUGUCAAGUCCUAAGAAAUUAGUGGACAACAUAGAGGAAAAUUUUGUCCGUCCAUCGCCUAUCCCAUGGCGAUCAAGAUCAGCAAGAAACAUGGAGGUGAAAGAAGAUGAUGAGAAUAAUCAUUCCCACUACCCUGAACUUAACAAGAUUGAACCAUUUUCUUUAAGGUCUCAAUCUUUUAGAUCACCUAGGCCUAAUAAUAACUCAACUUCCUCUUUACCAAGAACUCUUUCUCCUUCACAACCUUUUUCAUCAUCAAGAAAAUUGUCCCCUUCAUUGUCCAUUUCAGCAGAAUCGCAAUCCAAGAUUGUUAAUGAAGAUGUAGUGACAAAGAAAAGUUUUCGCAGAUCGACUCCUCCUCCACCCCCUCCACCCCCACCACCACCACACUUGUUCUACAAGACUUCUCCUUUGAUGAAAUCAAGCUCUAGUAUUACAAAUGACAAAGUAAUUUCUUCUGAGAAAGAACUUAGGAGAAGCAUUAGGAGUGUGCCAACGGAACCGACAGGGGCGGAAAAAUUCCUAAGGCCAUUCAUAGGGAGUUCAAGAGCAAAAGAAUAUGGAGAAGAAUUCAUAAGCCCUAAACAUGAAGAGACUUUUAGAGGAUCAACUGACAAAAUGAUGCAUGAAAGUUACAACUUUGCAUCAAAGCCAAGAUUUAAGGAAUUUCCAAAUGAAGAGAAGAAAGAAUAUGUUGAGAAAUUCCUUGUGGAAAGUGAUCAGGAGGAUUCAGAUAAUGAGAGUGAAGAUUAUGAUUAUUUCAAAGAAAACUCGGAGAAAAAUGAAUUUGGAACUCAGAGUGAUGAGGGACCAGAUGUUGACAAGAAAGCUGAUGAGUUUAUAGCAAAGUUUAGGGAGCAAAUUAGGCUUCAGAGAAUUGAAUCCAUCAGAAGAACAGCUGGGCAAUCUGCUAGAAACCUUGUUUAAAGGAAGGAAAUCUUGGACAAAACUAUAAUUUGUCAAAGGGUAGUGAUAUUAUCCCUAACCAGUGAGCAACUGAUGUUAUAGAGUUAUGUUGAAGUACCCUAAAGCUCUAUUCUCUGAUAUCUGGAAAUGGAUGGAUAGCUAUUGUGCUGAUAAACAAAUUUGCUCAAUAUUGAGAUCAAUCUGAUUUCUCUCAAAUAAAUCUCAGGAAUCUGAAAAACUCCAGUGUGUUUCAUUAUCAUA